AUGGUUGGCCAGGAAUUGUCCCCAACAGACUGGGGGCGACGUGUUGAAUGUUGUGAAGCGAUCCUUCAACAAGUGCCUCCCACUGCUAUUUUGUGGACUAGCGAUGAAGCUCAUUUUCAUCUGUCAGGGUGUGUGAAUAAGCAAAACUUCCGUUACUGGGCAGCUGAGAACCCUCGAGAACUUCACCAAAAACCUCUUCACAGCCCCAAGGUCACAGUCUGGUGUGCACUGUCGUCUAUAGGCAUCAUUGGUCCUUAUUUUUUUGAGGAGGGUGGCGUCACGAUUACUGUAAACUGUGACCGGUACUGUGACAUGCUUGAGAAUUUUUUUAGGCCAAAGAUCGCAGAAUUUGGUGUGGAAUAUGAACGUGAGAGCUUCUGGUUCCAACAAGAUGGUGCUACAGCACACACAGCCCGUCGUUCACGGGCUAUUCUCCAGGAGAUGUUCCCAGGGCAGGUGGUCUCCUUGCAUGAGCCCAUUCCGUGGCCCCCGCGCUCCCCCGAUUUAAGCCCUUGUGAUUUUUAUCUAUGGGGUUACCUCAAGGCCGAGGUAUUCAAACAUCGUCCAAGGACCCUGGUAGACCUCAGAACCGCAAUCGAGGAAGAAAUCGCCCAGAUAACCUCCACCACACUUGAGAAAGUCAUGCGAAACUUUCACGAAAGGCUCAAUAUGUGCGUUGCCCGGCAAGGCCAUCAUUUACAGGAUAUUAUUUAUAAAACAUAG